AUGUCCUCGCCCAGAGACCCGGCUCCUACCUCAUCCAGCCCUGGCAGCUCGUCCUCAUCGACCAAAUCCUCAUCGCCACCCCGCUCCAAUUCAUCGUUUCUCGACAUGCCCUCUGCCGCGUCCCCGCACUCUAAAUCGCCUUCGACGCAACUUCACCCCCUUCUCACUCCUAUGCCAUCGAGUGUGAUGCUCGCUGCCGAGCUGGAUCCUUACGGCUACAGCGAUAUGGCCCAAAGAGACCGACUCGUCGAAGCGGCUCAGCAGACUGCGAUGCCUGAGAAGUGCUUGACCUUUUGUUCACAGAGAGCAAACGCGCCACCGCUGUGUAAAAUGUUCUGCCUUAGGAAGAGACAGCCUCUCGAUACAAGGGAAGAGCAGCUCGCGAGGCUCCGACCGCCGAAAAAGGCCUUGAGGCUCGCACCCUUGGCCGGUGAUGAAUCAGCUGCACCGGAUUCAGGCAGGCAGUCCUCAUCCAUGCUAUACCCUCGUCUCUCGCCUCAAGCUGGUCCAUCAUCUGAUCCCACCUCGCAUUCCUCUUCGUCUAAGAGGAGUCAGUCCAGUUCCUGGUCAUGGUCGCCCUUUGAGGCCCUUCGCCGGCGUGUUGAGCCGUACUCUUUCAUCUAUGUCCGCGGUGCGCCAGAAGGGCCAGUCGGACGGUACAUGGAAGAGUUGGAGUACAACGAUGGCCAUAAUGACUUUGGACCAGCUUCUAGAGGUGCAGUUGAGGCGAUGAAGAGGAAGCGGGUUGAGCCGAAGAUGGAGUAUAUCGAUUGGGGAGAGGAAGGAUCGGUUCUACACCUUCCGUUCACAUCUCUCUUUGGACCCAUCAUCAACAUUCCGCAAACGUUGAACAGGAUAUUCACACCAUCCAUGAAUUUUCUGACCCUGUAUCGCGAUUCCUUCUCCUCUGGAGCACAGAGCAGAGGGUUGGAGAAAAUACACUCAGAGAUCAUGAGUGGCUCUGCCUUCGAGCUCAUGGGCAAGAUUCGUGGGUUUUGGGCCCAACGGGUCAAGGAGAAGGAAGAGCAGCUAGAGAGGGAACGAUCAGAGCAGGUUGGAGGAAAGGGACAGUAG